UCUGCUAAAUAAUAAACAGUCGAAGAAGAAGCAAACGAAAAGGGGCUGCGAUGAAAACAAAACGACGCUCACAAAUAACCCCUUUUAUUAUAGCUACUGAAACUAAAUUUUGCCUUUAUGAAACACACUUUUGCAUAAAUUCAGACUAACUUUACAAUUUAAUUCACGUGGACAAACUAAAUAGCGUGAUCUAUUUAACGUCAAGAGUAACAGAUAACGAUAUAUGAUAUUAGCUUAGCCUUAGCUGUCAACUGACAAGACAACUAGCUUAGCUUCUGUAGGCAAUUUUGACAGCUUGACUUUUAACGACAACUUUUUUUAAAAGACAAAACGAUGUCGGACGAUUAUGAAUUCAGCGAUGACACAACCAUGAUGCGAAUGGAAGAGGAUGGGGAGGCAAACAGCGAUGACCCGAUGUCUGCGGCCGGGGACUGUGGCCUGAUGGGGGGCGAGGCCGAGGGAUCGAAAAUUGACGCCAGUAAAAACGAGGAGGAUGAGGGGAAGAUGUUUGUAGGAGGGCUCAGCUGGGACACGACUAAGAAGGACCUGAAAGAUUACUUUUCCAAGUAUGGCGAGGUUGUAGACUGCACUUUAAAACUGGACCCAAUGACUGGCCGUUCAAGGGGCUUUGGCUUUGUGCUCUUCAAGGAACCUGAUAGUGUUGACAAGGUUGCCACACAGAAGGAACAUAAACUCAAUGGAAAGGUCAUUGACCCCAAAAAAGCCAAGGCCAUGAAGAGCAAGGAGCCGGUAAAGAAGAUCUUUGUUGGCGGUCUCUCUCCAGACACUCCUGAAGAGAAAGUCAGAGAGUACUUUGGUGCCUUCGGAGAGGUGGAGUCGAUUGAACUUCCCAUGGAGAACAAAACAAACAAAAGAAGAGGCUUCUGCUUCAUCACAUUCAAAGAGGAGGAUCCCGUUAAGGGGAUCAUGGAGAAAAAGUACCACAACAUUGGACUCAGCAAGUGUGAAAUAAAAGUGGCGAUGUCGAAGGAACAGUACCAGCAGCAGCAGUACUGGGGGGGCAGAGGUGGAUACUCACCCAGCUCUCGAGGAAGAGACGGUGGUCCCAAUCAAAAUUGGAACCAGGGUUAUGGCAACUACUGGAAUCAAGGCUAUGGCAAUUAUGGCAAUUAUGGUUACAGUGAGCAAGGAUAUGGAGGAUAUGAUUACCCUGGCUACAACAACUACUACGGAUAUGGUGACUACAGCAAUUUUGUGCCACACUAGUAGAUCAAUCUGGUGGAUAUGGCAAGUCGCCACGACGUGGUGGUCACAUCAACAGUUACAAGCCGUAUUAAUGGAGGAAACUCAUCUUCAAGUAGGUAUGUAAAGACCAAAAUGCACCUCUUUCUUUUAACUUGAAGUAGUUAUAUUUAAUUUGCUGUUUGGUAACAUUAUGUUUAAUUUCCUCUUGUAAAUUUCUUUUUCUCAGCACCCUCAAGUGCUUUACAGUAGUGGUAACAUAGAGGCUACACUCUUGUGGCGAUUAUUUUAACAGCUGGCCUUCUGCUGCCUCUUUUGCACCUUCUUUUUUUUUUUUUUUUUUUUUAACUGUUAAGUUAACAGGUAAAGUACUGCUACUACAGUAAAUGGAUGCCAAAGUUAAGGAUGUGCAAGGAAACAGAAAAGGAAGUAUGUUGUCUCCUAACUCUGACAUACCUUGUUUGUACCUGCCAGCGGAGCUUCCUUGCAGGCCAUGAGCUGACUCCCAGAUACUCUCAGGGCCCGCUCAAUGCGGACCGGGUACGAGAAGCAUACGCUCUCGAAUGCUGCCAUUUGGUAUGGUCUUACAACAUCCUGUAUCAGCAUUUCUAAACUAAACAAUAUGGGACACGUCCAGCUUUGUCAUCUUUCUUUCCAUUUUAAUUUCUUUGCAACUGUUUGUAAUGUAAAACUUAAAAUAUACACAUGUAAUUGUCAUUUUUUACAGGCCCUUACUCCCCCACAAGUAAUGAUUUUCUAAACAUGUAAAAAUAACUAUUUGCUUUUCAAAGGAUACGUACAGCAUUCUCUGGACUUUCCAGUUCCUAUUGUUAACAUAUGCAUUCCUAAUCUUAUCUAAAAUGCUUGUUUCUUUAUUUAGCUCUUGUAGCCAGUAGUCCAUGAGCUAAAACUUGGUUUGUAUUUGGAAGAGACUGUGUCGGGGGGGAUGAAGUGCUUUACUUUGUGUACAUGUAUUGCUCUGUUUUGUGUUACUGACAGCGAUGGAAAAGACUCCUCUUUUGUAAUUUUUUUUCCUGUAACAACACAUUUUCUCUUAUAACCUUUUGUAAAACAAGAAGAAGUUUCCUGAAAUUUGCAUGUAAUGUUUUCUUUAAUGUGUAUUUUUUUUGACCAAUCGAAGGUUUCUUCCAUUUAGUAUUUUCACUUCUUCAAUUUAUUGCACUUCAGGAUUUCUCUUUUUUUUUUUUAAACUGUAAAAUGUUAAAAUAAUUUGUUCUCACUUUGUUUGUUUUUUACAUCGGACAUUAUAAACACGGGGGAUUCCUUUUUAUUUAUAAUUGAGCAGUUCUUUGUUCAUCAAUAGCUGAUUUGUUUUUGUUUGUUUCUCGCAGGUUUCAGUGAUGAAAGGCAGCAGUGGGCUGGUGGAGCCAGACCGACGAAGGUAUCCAGCAAACAUCACUAGCUGAUUGUAAGAACAUAAUGAAGAGCACUUUGACCUACACUACAUUUCCUCGUCAUUUACCGGAGUAUUUGUUGUGUUUUUAAACGUUUUUGGUGUUUUGCAUUUAUUUAGAUUGCUGCACAGUUUUUUAGCAGUCUGCGCUCCUCAUCCCUUCCUGUUUUUGUAUUUAAUGUUCUCAAAUGCUGUUUGUGAAAUGGCUUCAUUUAUUACAACUGAAAUGUGUUUGAUUGGUUGGAGCAGAUCACAUAUAUAUAUAUAUAUAUAUAUAUAUAUAUAUAAAUAUAAACAGUAUUGUGGUAGCAAAUAAUGCAUCAAAUGCGUUGAUACAAUGUAUCCCCUUUAUAAUAAUCAUCAGCCAUAUAAUACAUAUGUUAUUACAGAGUUUGACAGUCAUAGACAUACAGUAUAUAUAGAUAUAUAUCUAUAUAUAUAUACAGCUAAUUGGACAUAAAGAUAAAAUAAAAAAUAAACACUCAUUUGGAUUUGUGAUCCUUCAUGAAACAUUAGUAUUGAGUCACAUGUUAACGACUGUUGGAGUGUUCAAGGAAGUGUUUUAGCCAAGUUUCCAGCAAUAUAAGCUCAACAUUUAAUCUUCUCAUCACAAGCUUAUCGCAGAACAACCUAAUCAAUAAGAUUGCACAUGUUACAAAAAUCAUGUACCCGUUAAAUUGACAUUAAUAUUUCUUGAAAUGAUCUGAGACUUUCUCGUGAGUGCAAUUAAAUGCUGCAAUGCUCAAUAAAAGAGGUGAGCUUUA